AUGUCGGUCGAUAUGUUCGAAUUUCCGGUCCUAGAGGACACCCGUCCCAAGGACCGCUCCCUUCCUGCCUUCAUGGUAUCGACCAGCAGGGGUUUCCUCCCACGCCAAGAGCCCCUCGAGAAGCUUCCAGUCGAGUUUCAGGCUGUGGAAUCGUUGCUUCAACGCAUGCCUAUCAAGACACUGUCCGGUGAGCCUGGUUUGCUUGCCAAGUUCACCUUUGGCGAGACUCUUGACAAGGAACUACCAGACCUCAGUGAUGAGGUCGAACAGUACCGAGAUGACCUUGUUACCAUGAACGCUCUCUAUCGCGACUACUCCUUCCUGGCUUCAGCGUACCUUUUUGAGCCUUGCCAUGAGAGAUUUCUUAGAGACGAACCAUAUGGACUUGGUAGGCAGAAGCUGCCUCGCAGUAUUGCGUUGCCCAUUGUCAAGAUUGCUGAGAUCGCUGGAUUUAAGCCUUUCAUGGAGUACGCAGGUUCCUACGCUCUGUUUAACUAUCGCCUCCAGGAUCCUGAUCAGGGAUUAGACUACGACAAUUUGCGCCUGAUCCGCGCCUUUGAACAUGGGCUUGACCCUACAUCCUCAGAGGCAGGUUUUGUCCUCGUGCACAUCGCUAUGGUCAAAGAGUCCGGCCCGCUCGUCAAGGGUACCGUCGACAUGCUCGAAAGCUGCAUUGCAAAGGACCGUGAGAGGUUCGACGAUGGGCUGAGGACCGUGGUAGAUGCCUUGAAGAACGUCAAUGCGGUCAUGAACACAAUGUGGAACCGCUCCAAACCUCAGAGCUAUACUCAUUUCCGCACCUUCAUCUUCGGCAUCACAUCGCAAUCCAUGUUUCCCAAUGGUGUUAUCUACGAAGGUGUGAGCGACGAGCCCUUGUCUUUCAGAGGCGAGUCAGGAGCCAAUGACAGCAUGAUUCCCCUGUGCGACAAUCUGCUCCAGAUCCAAAUGCCUACAACACCCCUCACAGAGAUCCUCCAAGACUUUCGUCAAUACAGACCCGGGAACCACCGCGAAUUUCUAGAAGCAGUGCGCGGAUGCGACGAAGCCUCGGGUGUGAAGGAGUUUGCUCUCGCCAACCCCAUCUCUGCGGCACUGUAUCUUCAAGCCUUGAAUGAAGUCAGGGAUUUCCGGUGGCGGCACUGGUGCUUCACACGCGAGUACAUCCUCAAGCGGACGAUGCAUCCGACUGCAACGGGUGGCAGUCCUAUUGUUACGUGGCUACCUAAUCAGCUACAGGCUGUGCUAGAACAGAUGGCCAGUACGGUUGAAUAUUGCAAAGAUGUGCAUGGUGUUGGCGAUAUCAUGGAAACGGCGAACAAUCAGCGCGAGACAUUGAAGAAGGAAGUGGCUAAGUAUUGCGGUGAACGCGGGGUCGCUCCUUGA